AUGAGAGCAGCCAGGAUAGUAGCCCCGAAGCAGUUUGACUUCGUGGACCUUGAUAUGCCCCAGGCCGGCGAUGGCGAAUGCCUGAUUAAGCUGGAAAAGGUCUCCGUUUGCGGUAGCGACAUCCGCCACGGAUACGGCCCUAUCGAGCCGGAGGAGCACUAUCCCAUGCCGGCGGGUCGCCCCUGCCAUGAACUGGCCGGGACCAUCGUAGAAAGCCGUACCGACGCCUACCACGAAGGCCAGCGGGUAAUCGUAAUACCCGACCGCGGCACCGGCGGCCUCAUGGAAUACCUGGUCUCCCGUCCCGGCCGCAUGAUUCUCCUGCCCGAUGAGGGCCCCCUGGACGAGUGGGUCAUGUGCCAGCCUCCGGGUACCGUCCUACUCCUGCAAGCGCAUGGACACCCUGCUUCAGAAGAACGUACAUGUGGUAUUGCGGCCAAGGCAGCAUCGGCCUGA